AUGACCAGUACUACCAUGGUGUUAUAUUAUGAUCCUGGUAGCAAAAAAACACAAUACAAAAUUAGAAAAUACUUCAAAAAAUUAUUUAUGUUGUACCCAAAAGAGAAAUAUCAAUAUUUAGAUAAAAAUAUACCCAUGAUAAACCAAAAUAUAACAAAUUUUAUCAAAAACGAACAAGCUCUUGUAACUGAAGAAAUUGGAAGUCCGAGAAAAAUAAAAAGAAACAUGAAAACUAAAAAAACAAAUAUAAAAAUGGCCACAACAAAGGGGAAGGACGUUUUUAAUAAAUUAGACUUUUAUGAAUCGCCUAAAACCUUAAGCAGUUAUUCUAAGGAAACUACAAAUCCUCUUAGUUUUGAUAGUUCAGAACUGCCUUCGACUGAAAAUAGUCAGAUUGAGAAAUAUAAUAAUGAAAAUGACAAAGAUGUGAAAGAUGCAACUAUUAUAAUAUUAAAUGUUAAGUCCCCAGUAACUUCUGAAUAUUUAAAGAAAAAGAGAAAAAGAAAUUUUAAAAGAGGUAACUUAGGAGAGGUU